AUGCCUCCGAAGGUGACGCCGAAAAAGGACGGGCCGCAGCAGCAGCCGGAUCUCACGGCGAUUCUGGCGCAGCUCACCGCCUACUUGGAGAACCAGUCCAAGACACAGGAGGCUCUCCUUGAGCAGCUCUCCAAGCCGAAGGACAGCGAGUUCCUGAUGGAAGCACUUUCCAACACCAUCCCGGAAUUUGUGUACGACCCCCAAGGCGGACUGGUUUUCGACAAGUGGUACUCCCGGCACGAGGAGGCCUUCAACAAGGGCGGGGAGAAGCUGGAGGAAGCGGACAAAGUGCGGCUGCUCGUGCGAAAGCUGUCCUCGGUGGAUCACGACCGCUACGUGAACUACAUCCUACCGGAGAACCCACCGGACAGAUCGUUCCAGGACACGGUGGACACGCUGAAGGAGAUGUUCGGGCACCAAACGUCCGUGUUCUUCCGGCGCUACCAGUGUCUGCAGACGACCAAGCGGAAUGCGGAGGAUUUCGUCACGUACGCCAGUACCGUCAACCGAGCGUGCGAGGAUUUCAACAUCCGGACGAUUACCUCCGACCAGUUCAAGUGCCUGGUGUUUGUCGCUGGUCUGCAGUCGGAGCGGUACAAGGACAUCCGGACCCGGUUGCUGGCGAAAAUGGAAGGCGAGACGGCGGAGCACCCGAUGACUCUCAAGAAGCUGUUAUUGGAGUGCCAGCAUUUGGACAACCUCAAACACGACACUGCUGUUAUUGAGGGUCCGAAGCCGGCCGUCAAAGCGGUCCAGCAGGAUCGCAGCGGCUUUCGCGAGUCGGGCAAACCGGAACGGAAGUUCGACAACAGGAAUCCGGCCAAGGCAACCCCACGACGUCCGUGCUGGCAGUGCGGGCAGAUGCACUUUGUUGCAGACUGCUCGUACACGAAACACACCUGCAAGACGUGCGGCAAAGUGGGACACAAGGAAGGAUACUGUGCUUGCUGCUCCAAACCCUCCGGUUCCGGAGAAGGUGCAUCACACACAGCACCCGGAGGCGGCAAGAAGAAGCACAAAAAGAAGCGGGCCGACGGCGGGGGACACUCAAACGGAGUGUACGCUGUCAACAAGGAAGGUGUCGUCGGACGGCGCAAGUUCGUGGAAGUUCUGAUCAACAACGAACCGAUCGAACUCCAGCUCGACUGCGGAUCGGACUACACCAUCAUCUCGACGGAUUCACUUCCCCUGCUCGGCAACCCAGAAACCAUUCCGACGGAACUGCGGGUGGCCACAGCCUCAGGCAAACCCCUUCCGCUGGAAUUGGAGUUCGAGUGUGACGUCACGUUCCGCGGGACCACCAAGCGUUCCGUGUGCUACGUCACUCCUGUGCGCGGUUUCAAGGUUCUUGGGAGCGACCUGAUGGAAGCUUUCGGGCUGUACGACAUUCCGAUCAACGACUUCUGCAAGCAACUCACAACUGCGGAGGACUCGUUGGCGUGUGGUGCCGCGCUGAAGGCGAAAUUUCCGGCGGUGUUCCAGGAAGGACUCGGACGGUGCACGAAAACGAAGAUCCAGCUGUUCCUGAUCGACGGGGCGAAGCCGGUCUUCAAGCCUAAGCGGCCAGUGCCGUUCCACUCGCAGCGGCUGGUCGAGAAGGAGCUCAACCGAUUGCAGAACAUGGGAGUGCUGGAGCCGGUCGACUACUCGGACUGGGCGGCACCCAUCGUGGCAGUUCGGAAGGCGCAGCGCGACGCAGACGGAGAUCCGGUGGUCCGCAUUUGCGCGGAUUACUCGACCGGGUUGAACGCUGUGCUGGAGGCGAACAAGUACCCUCUCCCUACCCCCGACGACAUCUUCGCAAAGCUGGCUGGCAGCAAGUUCUUCAGCGUGAUUGACCUGUCGGACGCUUAUCUGCAGAUGGAGGUAGAGGAGGAGUCGCAGAAGCUGUUGACUAUGAACACACACAAGGGGCUGUUCAAGGUCAAGCGUCUGCCACCGGGAGUGAAACCCGCUCCUGGAGCCUUCCAGAAGGUCGUUGACAACAUGCUCGCCGGCCAGGAAGGAGCGGCGUCGUUCCUCGACGACGUGCUGGUGUUCGGCCGAACGCGCGCUGAGCACGACCGGAACUUGGAGCAAACGCUGCAGCGGAUCCAAGAUUUCGGUUUCCGGCUCAAGAUCGAGAAGUGCAAGUUCUACAUGACGGAGGUGAAGUACCUGGGCCACAUCAUCAACCAAAACGGAAUCCGCACCGACCCGGGGAAAGUGUCUGCCAUCUCGCAGAUGCCACCGCCGAAGAACCUCACCGAGCUGCGUUCGUUCUUGGGCGCGGUCAACUACUACGCGAAGUUCAUCAAGGAGAUGCACCAGCUGCGUAGGCCACUCGAUCUGCUGCUGAAGAAGGACGCAAAGUGGGCCUGGUCGGACGACUGCCAACGAUCGUUCGAGCGCUUCAAGGAGCUGCUCAAGUCUGACCUGAUGCUGACCCACUACAACCCGACGCUGGACAUUAUCGUGGCCGCUGACGCUUCGCAAACCGGAAUCGGCGCCACAAUCCGACAUCGUUUCCCUGACGGUUCGGAGAAGAUAAUCCAGCACGCCUCAAGAUCGUUGACACCGGCGGAGCAAGCGUACGGGCAGAUCGACAAGGAAGCUCUGGCGCUCGUCUACGCUGUCACGAAGUUUCACCGGAUGCUGCUGGGACGACGGUUCGUUCUGGAGACAGACCACCAGCCUCUGCUCCGCAUCUUCGGGUCGCACAAGGGAAUCCCGACACACACGUCCAACCGACUGCAACGACUGGGACUCGUUCUGCUGUGCUACAACUUUGGCAUCGACUACGUCUCCACGGCGAACUUCGGGUACGCGGAUGUACUCUCCAGACUCAUCGAUUCGGCGGCCAAGCCGGAGGAGGAGUACGUUAUCGCCGCUCUGUAUCUGGAGGACGACAUGUCGGCGGUCUUGGAAGACUCCGUUGGCAACACACCUGUCACUUCCAAGAUGAUCGCCGCUGCUACCGCCCGGGACAAGGUGCUCAAGAAAGUGGUCCAGUACUUGGAAGGUGAGUGGCCGGCCAGCGCAAGCGAAAUCGACAACCUGGACGUGAAGGCGUUCUACCACCGGAAGGAGAGCCUAGCGCUGACUCAGGGCUGCAUUCUUUUCGGCCAACGAGUGGUGGUGCCGGAAACCUACCGAAAGCGGAUCCUGCAACGCCUGCACCACGGUCACCCGGGCAUGGUCCGGAUGAAGAGUCUGGCUCGGAGUUUCGUCUACUGGCCGCACAUCGACAAGCAGGUGGAGGACACGGUGAAGCAGUGCGCGGACUGUGCUGCAGCUGCAAAAUCUCCCCCACACUCUCCACCAGAAGCUUGGCCAACACCAGCGGGACCAUGGCAACGCAUUCACAUUGAUUACGCGGGCCCGAUCGAUGGUCUCUACUUUCUCGCGAUGGCCUGA